AUGGCUGACUUCCAAUACAGUUCACACAGAACCCUGCACCCGGACCGCCUGUGGAUCUGGCGGCCGGGUGUGUACGUGGACGAGAACGACCGCACGUGGGUGACCGUAAGGGUCGAGGAGGAAAAUGGGCUCAAAGCGCUCUUGCGCCAGGAAGACGUGGACCGGGGGGAGGCCAUGCGGCCCAGCCAGCUGCCCCCAAGUCCGCUGCCCGUCAUGUGGCAGCUCUACCCUAGCCAACAGUAUCGAUCCUCAGACUCCAGUUACUGGCGUAUAGUGUACCACAUCAAGGUCUGUGGCACUGAAGACCUGCUCCUUGAACAAAUUCCAGAAUCGUAG